AUGCCCGGAGGUGAUGGCACGCCAUUGCACAUGGCCAAAUUUAUCUUGGCCCAACUGUUCACCAAUGCCCCCAAACCUACCACAAGUUUCGCCGGACAAACCAUCAUAAUUACUGGGUCAAACACGGGACUAGGAUAUGAAGGCGCAAAACAUGUUCUCACAUUGGGAUGCGCCAAGCUCAUUAUAGCCGUGCGCUCGGUGGAAAAGGGCGAAACCGCCAAGCGCUCUCUUGUGCAAGCCACCCAUGUCGACCCCAGCAUCAUCGAGGUAUGGCCAAUGGACCUGGCCAGCUACGAAAGCGUCCAAGCCUUUGCAGAGCGAGCGGAUCGUGAACUCGAGCGGCUCGACGUGCUCUUGGAAAAUGCGGGCGUCGCCUCGGUCGAGUGGAACACGGUCCGAGACAAUGAGCGCAUGGUGACGGUCAAUGUCGUCUCGACCUUUUUGCUCGCCUUUCUCCUGCUGCCCAAGCUCCGGGCCACCGCGGCACGAUACAAUGUCAAGACCCAUCUGACUAUUGUCACCAGCGACACGCACUUUUUGAUUGAUUUCAAAGAGGCGGAAGCGUCCGAGGGCAUCUUCAACCGCCUGAACAACAAGGAAAAGUCUGCUGGGGAAGUUGCGGAUCGCUACCCGACUACGAAGCUCAUGCAGGUCUUUCUCGUCCGCGAGCUGGCCGCUCGGCUGCCGCUGGACUCGAACUCGGUCAUCAUCAACUGUACCAAUCCCGGAAUGUGCCACAGCGAGCUGUCACGAGAGAUCGACUCGUUGCAAGUCCGCGUCCUCAAGUUCAUCCUUGCCAGGACGUCGGAACAAGGCUCGCGAAAUCUAGUUGCUGGAGCCUGCGGCGGAGCGGGAACGCAUGGCCAAUACUUGGAUGUGGGCAAGGUGAGGACGCCUGCGACUGUUGUAGUUGGUCCGGGUGGUGAAGAGAGACAGAAGCGUUUGUACGAUGAACUCGUCAAGAAGCUGGAAAAGAUUGUACCUGGAGUAACCACCAAGUUGUGA